AUGGAAUACAGUUCAGCAUCUUCAGCUAAGAUAAGCUAUGUUCCCAUGAGAAUAAUGGACAAGCAAUACUAUUACACAGAUGAAAAUGAAGCUCAGAUCAAAGACCCCUUCUCAGAAACAACAUUUCUAAUGGUCCUAGAUAUGUCUGGCUCUAUGUGUGGUGGUAGAUGGAAGGCCCUCACUGAAGGGGCCAUCCAAGUAGCCACGAGAAUCUAUGAAAAGAAUGAAUUUAAUCACUUUAUCACGAUGUUCUUCAAUAAUUCAGUUCAUAUGAUGCCUACUGACAGUCUUUAUGAUUUUAAGGAAAAGAUAUCUAAAGUUAGAGCUACUUCUACAACGAAUUUUCUUAAAGCCUUUGAGAGGAUACAAACUUACUGUGAGAGGAAAGAAACUCAAGACCUGACCGUUCUAUUCCUCACAGAUGGAAAUGACACGUGUAACAAAGCUGUAAAGGUAGAAAGUGGGCUAGAAACCCUAAAAGAUUUUUUAAACAAGAGAGAAAUCACUAGUAGAUUCUUCACAAUAGGUUUUUCGAAAGAGCAUGACUCUGUACUCAUCUCAAAGAUUGCCAAAGCUGGAUCAGAGCUUGGAAACUUCUUUUAUGUAGACUCCACAGUGACUAGUAGCUAUCACUAUAAGGAUCAUAUCAAAGAGUGUCUGGUAAAAACAUUUGAUCUUGGAAAUCCAGCUAAGAGCCUAAGCGCAAAUUUGCAUUUAAGAAAAUCAAUUAAAAAAAUCAGUUUACUGCCAGUCACAGAAGAGGAAAAAUCUGAGACCAAGGAGUACAUCACCCAACUUGUUCUAGAAGAACUACCUAAUAGAGAGGUUGAGCUUGAGAUCUUGGGUACAGGGGAGUCUCAUAUAAUUCGACCAGAGCAAGAGCAGGUCUUCGGUGCUGAAAAUUUGUUGAAAACAGAGGUUCAUAUUACAAAUGAGCUAUUUUUCGACUAUGUUCAGAAAGUUGUCAGCACUGAACACUUAAGUGCUGAAGAAGCUAAGGAGAUCUACGAGAAGGUGUCAGUCAUAAAUGACAGGGUAUCAGAAAUGAUCACCGAGACCUUCAAAAUUAAGAAUAGGCCUAUAAGAAAGAGUUUAAUGCAUGCUUGUCAGGCCUUUAAAGAGAAAUGCCAUACAGUUGUUGAGACUCUUAGAAGCAUAAUUGUUAACAAAGACACUCUCGACUCUGCCAAGAUAGCAAAGCUCAAUGAUCUUGCAUAUAAAAAUAUUAGGACUCAGGGUCUCAAGAGAAAACUCGAUGAAAGAGCUAUAAAGAAUAGAGAAUAUUACCAGGAGCUAAGUAAGCAAAUUCAAGAAAGAGUAAAAGAAAUCGAUGUGAAUAAGAUCACUCAAGAAAACCAGGAUAUAAUUGACUUUGUUGGAGACUGCCCUCUUACUUGCCUCAAUGCAGCUGAAGCAUUAGAGGAAGGUGAUUGCUUAGGACUUUGCUUAGAUGUUGCUAGAUCUACAGCUACUAUUGCUGACUCGAACCAACUAAUUGUCAAAGAUGUCAUUCCAACCUUUAUGUGUUGUAGCGCUUAUUUAGACUCAGCUACCUAUAAUCUUGAGAGAUCUGAAACUGCUGCGGGAACAUUUGAUACUGAAACCCAAGGUGACUUAGCAACUGGAGUUGGAAGAGAAAAGGUCACUGGUCUUCUUCCUUUGUACCUAUUUGAUGAUCAUUGGGAGAUUUCCAAAAGAACAAUUCCAUCUAUCUUCGGAUUCAUGUGUACCUUAGAUAUUAUGGGAUACUCGGAUGACCAAUUUUACACAAUCCCUUACACUGUUCUGUACAAAUGCUAUGAAAAAUGCUUUGAAAAUAACAAUGACAUCAACCAGAAGAUGCUAAAGCUUGUGCUGCAGACAUGUGUACAGCUUCAAACUAGGCACAAAGGUCAUGUAGAGAGAAUUAUCAAUACUCUGAAAGAUUUCGAGAAUGACCCAAUUAAGAGAGGAAAGGACUGUAUUCCAAAUUUUAAAGUUUUCCUCGCCCAAAUUCUCACUGCUAUUGAAGCAGGCACCAUCUCAGACAUCUCUGAGUACGAUUGGCCUAAGAUUUUGAGGUUCUUAGUCGAGGAAGAGAAUAGACGUACUGCCCUCAAAGGCCUUGAAACAUUAACAAUUCGUGAGCAAUCUGAUUUUUUUAAUGACGGAAAGACUAAUGAAAUAGUUGACAAAGCAUUAGAAAUCAAGCAACUUUCUGAAGAUGCAAAGCUUACACAAGAAGAGAUCAAAGAGAUGGUCCAAAAGAAACCAGAAGAAGAUAAAAGCAUCUCUGAGAAAGAUGAAGCUGUCAAAGAGCUUAUUGAGGAUGAAAUUGGAUCUAAACCAUGGGAAUCACAACUUCAAAACCCUGAUCAUGUUCACUCCAAAGGGGUUUCUAAGUUUUAUUCGAGUAUUAAUAGGAAAUUUUCAUGGAUGAAGCCAUUUAUACACUACUUGAAUUGACCAGAGCUACUUGUUGCUGAUUCAUUCAGUGAGUAUCCUAUAUUUGAGGAACCUUUGGUUGUCCUUGCAAUGGGAUUCCAGAACCACAUGCACAUCACUAAUAAGGCUAGAAGAGAAGCAAUCGACAAAGGAACAUACAAGGAAAUACUUACCAAAGAAGAUGCUGAGGCUUAUUUCACAAAUGUAUAUAAAGAAGCCUUAAAGCUGGAAAUAUCUGCAGAAGAAACUAGAAUUUUGCUUCUUUUAAGCUACCAAUACUCAUCAAGUAUUGGUGAAAUGUCAUUAAUAGUCUCUAAUUUGAGUUCAUUUGCUGACCUCAUCCAGAAUCUUAAAGUAGGAGAUAGAGGAGUGACUAACUUGCUAAAUGCAUUAUCUAAAACCAAAGGUAUCUCUAUUUACAAUAAGCUAAAAAUAAUCAUCACCAGACAAUACGAUGGUCGGGAAAUGUUCGCAGAUGAGUACAAGAUGGACCCUGGAAAUUACAGAAUGAAAUCUUCUCUGAUGUUCAGGUUUUACUAUCAUUAUGUAUACAAAAAUCAGGAGAUGACUAAAGAGCAAUUUAAAGAGCUGUUUCCAUAUAUCACAGAGGACAAGAUAGAGAAAUGGAUCAUCACUUAUACCACAAAUUGCCCAGCUAAUCUUUUAUAAUA